GAGGGGGAAAGGCCUCCCAAACCCGGGCCGUUUUAGGCACAGGGCACUCGUGCAGCCCCAGGAGAGAGCCUGUCCUGACCACCCCUGGCAGGCUUCUGGCCUUCCACAAGACCCCCCUCGCUCUCUGGGCAGGGGACUGCACAGGGGCCGAUGGAGGGCUGAAAUCCAUCCUGGGCACCCCUCCCUCUCGCUGCCGUCCAUUGGGAGGCAGAAGGCAGGAAAUGACAGCCACACAUGCGGUCUGAUCUUUACAGAAACGGCGUUUUGUAGCCUGAGCCCCGGGGCUUCCACAGCUGCCUGCCUUGCCGCUACCAGCCCAGCCUCCCUGACCGACCGACUGGCCUCCUGUUCCCUCCCCCACCCCUCUCCAUGACUCCAGCCUCAGGAUUCCCCACUUGGCUCUGGCUGCCCCCACCUUCUGCCCGCCCCCACCUUUUCAGAACCCAGGCGUCCUAGCCUCCAGAAGAGGCCUGGCCUGACAUGUGGCUUCCAGAUCCCUGGCCCCGUGACAUGACUCAGGCCCGAGGAAGAGACCGGCCCCCCUCACCAGGGAGUUGGGUAGAGGGAGGGGGCUUGGCGAUGACCUCACGGGUAUAAAGCUUUUCUAGGCAAGUGUGCACCGAAAUUGAAGACACAACCCGAGGGUGCAGCUGCGAUCCCGUGGGCCCUUCUGCCCGAGCCCCACGCACUCGGCCGCCCGGCGCAGGACGUCAAGCCCGCUGCCGCCAUGCCGGGCCCCUCCUACCAACUGUGGAUCCUGGCGGUCGCCUGCUCCUUGGUCCCCAGAGCUCAGCCCUUGACUCCUCAAGACUCUGAGAGCGAGGAGGAAGACGAGACAGUGACUCCAACACUGUGGCCUGCCCGGGUGUCACCCUCGAAGCCUGUCCUCUGCGACUAUGACCACUGCCGCCACCUGCAGGUGCCCUGCAAGGAGCUGCAGAAGGCCGGGCCCCGAGCCUGCCUGUGCCCGGGCCUCUCCAGCCCAAACCAGCCGCCGGACCCGCCGCGCCUGGGAGAGGUGUUCAGGGUGGCUGAGGAGGGUCGCGCCGUGGUCCACUGGUGUGCCCCCGCCUCCCCAGUCCACCAGUACCGGCUGCUGCUUUGGGAAGGCCGUGGGGCUCCGCAGAUGGGGCCUCCCCUCAACAAUACGGUCCGUCAGGCAGAGCUGCGGGACCUGGCACCUGGGGGUGCUUACAUGGUGUGUGUGGUGGCCUUCAAUCAGGCAGGGAAAAAUGCCUUGCCUGUGGCCCACGACGGGGAGAGCCUGGUGGGGCCCGACUUCCCGCCCUUCGGGCCCUGCGACCGCUUCACCAUGCCCCCCAGGCCACGCAGCCUGCUCCACGCGGCCGUGGGUGUGGGCACAGGCCUGGCCCUGCUCAGCUGCGCAGCCCUGGUCUGGCACUUCUGCCUGCGGGACCGCUGGGGCUGCCCUCGCAGACAGGCUGCCCCUGCCCACAUGGCUCUGAAGCCAAGCCCGGUGGUCCCAUCUGCAGAGUUCAGCCCGCAUGGGGGACCAACGCAGAUGGCCUCUGCGGCUGGGGAGCACUAGGCUGUGCCCUGAGUUAGAGCCCGACCGGCCCCACCCAGUCCCACACUCUGGAAACCUCUGUAGGUCCCACACUUGCCCCUUUGCUUCCAGCCGAGAUGGACAAAAAAGACCCACAACAACAACCAGCAAGCCACAAGCCUGUUGACUCAAGGUGACCCCAUGGGCCUCAGAGGAAGCUGCACCCCCAAGGGCCUUCCAGCCCUGGUGGCACUGAGCUGCAGGCUGUGGGCUGCUAGCCUGAGAGGCUGGUGUUUCAAAACCCACCGGGAAAAAGAUGAGGCUGGGGGCUCCUGGAAGCCUGGGCGGCCUGGUGGUCACGCAUUGGGCAGCAGUCUGCAAGGUCCGGGCGCUCUUUGCAAGAGACGGGCUUUCUACUCUUGUAAAGAGUGACAUUCUCUGAAACUCGCGGGGCAGUCCUGGCCUGAGAUGGCACGGAGAGACGCACUCCCAUAGAGAUGUACCAUCCGGGAAACCUUCUCUCCGGCUGCUCCGAGCUGGAAUGGGCUCCGAGGCCAUGGGGAUAUGAGUUAAGCAGAGCGCCUGGCCUUUCUUCUGCGUCACUCCCAGGUGAAUUGAAAUUGCCGCCUUUCAGUGAGUAGCCAGAACCAACCCAUUGCCCCUACCCAGGGACCUGACAGCAAAACCAGGGGCCAGCAGGUUUUUGUUGUUGUUUUAAAGAGCCAGAUAUUAAGUGAUUUCGACUUUUGCAUCUGAGAGGAUAUAAUCAAGGCUAUUGUGCAGGGACUUAUAUAUAGUUAUUUAAAAUGUA